AUUACGGUAGCAAAUCACCCGGUUCUUUACGACCAGAACUAUUUACCGGGAUACAAACCGGAGGAACCAGGCAUGGAGGGAGGUGGCAGAGACAGUGGAUGAAACUGCACCAGUGCUAAAAGCUGGAGAGAGUAUGAGAGAAAGACUUAUCCAUCCAGUUUAACAGAGAUAAUAUCUCACUGAAGUACAGCGAAAUGGAUGUGGUACCGCUCGCUGCUCCUUCUGCUACACCUAAGCCGAUCAAGCCGAUCGAUCUCGAGGAGUGCAUCCUAUGCGAGAGAGAGAGUACCUCUCUAGUGGUGAAAUCGGCAGGGGUUAUAUUGUUUCGCUUGCCAAACAAACAGAGAGUAAUGACACUCGAGCUGCUAGGGUUCUUCGACUGACCGUGCAAGAGCAGGGUAUCAUGAAAUACCACACCUCAUCUUGCUACAGUAGUUUUCAAAGGGAUAUGGCUAAGACUGACAGCAUAACCCAACCACUAGAACAAUCAGAACCAUCUCAGCAGGGGCCUAUUAAUGAUACAUCUGAGCGACACAGCAAGCGAUUUAAGUCCAGUGUAACUACAAAUGUCUGUAUCUUUUGUGGUUCGGAUUGCAAGACAUUUAAACAGAAGAAAAUACACACAUUGUUCAGAAUCUGUGAAAGGCCCAUGGCCCAAAAACUACUAAAUGCGGCCAUGUUGUUCAAGGACCAUGUGUACACUGAAACAGCGGCAAUGUGUAAGCUAGAUGAUGUUUUUGCGGCUGAUAUCCGAUAUCACGACCAAUGUUGUAAAGUCUAUUUCAAUAAAUAUCAUGCUAAAAUUGAGGAAAUACUGAAAAACCUCAAAAUGGAGGAGUCGGUAACAGCCGGAGACAACUCCUUCAAGGCUAGAUUUUUAGCCCUUGGGAUUGACUUUAGUAGGUCAGCACACAGUCUGACUUCCAUCUGAGACAGGCUAAAUGAAGGUUCAGCUGGAAUAGUGUCAAACAGAACUGUAAAGCAGCUGAUCAUCGAGAUGUAUGGAGACGCCGUCUGUUUUACAUACCCAAGUAACAAACGAAUAUCCCAGAUGGUACUUUGUACCAACAGUUCUAUAGAGGCCUUGGUAGAGUCCCUGCGAGUUUCACCUGUCCAACAGGUUGCAACUGAGCUGGCACAGGAGCUGACAGGAUAUAGGUUUGGACUGCAGAUGUGCCUCUGUGAGCCCCAAGACCUCAAACUGUCCAUGGACAUAUUAAUUAAGAACCCACCACCAAGAUGGGAGGAGUUUUGCUCCUAUAUGUUCAAGGGGAAAACAACCUCUAAGCUGAAGACUGAUGUAGUCUUUCAAAUUCUGCACUACAUCAUGACUGAUGGCAAGGAACCAACACCUUUCCAUGUCAUGGCGGCUCAAGGAGUGCACAGUCUGACACGAUCAAAAGAGCUAGUGACCGCUCUUAACCAUCAUGGAAUAUGUGUCAGCUACAACACAGUCAAGAGGAUUGAUGUGGACCUCGCUGAACGGAUCAUCACUACAGCAGGUGGCAAUAGAGUACCUCUUCCCACUGUCCUUGAAGCAACAAGCCCACUAAAUGGGGCAUUGGACAACUUUGACCGCAAUGAAAGCACCCUGGCAGGAACAGGCUCCACACACGAUACCAUCCUUGUUCUCUUCCAAAAUGUUCCAAUUCAUCUGGCGAAACCAUCAGAGGAGAGUGAGAUCUCUGCAAGGCCCCUUGCCGCUCAGAGCCGGACCACAAUAAAGCUUAGGUAUACAGUCAGCUGCCAACAGCUCAUCAGGAUGGGGGCAGUGAAGGAACGCGGGGUGAUACCCACCAACUACAAGGUAUCAGAGAUUCUCUCCAAUUCUACUACAUUGGGCCCGAUAGCCCCAGCAACAGUUGUUGAUCCAACAACAGUCUCUACUACAGCAGCAGAACCCUCUACCUCAGCAACAGAGUCAACCACUGUAGUAUCUGAUGUGAUACACACUUCCACGGCAACAGACCCAUCAACCUUGACAACAGGCCCCAUCGCCAUGGCAGCAGAACCAACUUCCAACACAACAAGCUCCACUACUGCAGCAGCAGAAGUCUUGGAUAUGUCAACAGACCCCUCUCCCACAACAACUGAUAGCUCCACCACAGCAACAGACUUCACUGGGUCCACCAAGUCAAUAGAUUCGGACUAUUUUCUGUGGAUAGUCAAUCGCUUCUCCAAAAGAGCGACACAUGAGAGUGACUAUGUCCCAGGAUUUACAGCUCUGAGAAGUGCAACUGUGAAUAGCACCUUUCAUCCUACCACCACAAUUCUUACCCCCAUCCUUCCCUAUCCAGCUACAACAUACGAUGCAAUCUUCACCACGAUGAUUAACUUUCAGGAUGCUCUGAAACAGAAGGGUGAUACCUGUAAAGGAAUAUUUUAGUCUUGUUAAAGUAUAUAGAGUUUAGUGACUUGUCCUCGGGAAUCUGUUUCUGGUUAAAGUGUAUUCCUGCCUGUAAUGUGAUCCAAAGCUUCUCAGGAGGACACAGGUCAAGAGGUCAUCUGAUAUCUUGUGGGGGGAGAAGCUUGGCUCAUGUGGGUUUGCAAUGCAACGAGUCUUUGUCUCGACAUCUGGCAUGCAUUAAAGGAAAACCCGCGUGUUUUAGGGCCCUCCUCUUCUAAGGUAUAGAUGUGUUCUUGGCGCUUUUGUCUUCAGAGUUGGCUGGUAUCUUACAUGAGAACUGUAGUAUACUGUGAUCUCUCCGGCCGUACGAAUUCUCAAUAAAUAUCAGUGUAUUGACAGGCGAAUCCAGUUUCCCUCAUUUGAUGAUUGGCUCAACAUUGCUGCAAAGAAGUUUUUACUUCACAAUACCUACGGUGGGUUGUGGGCCGACGAAGGUGUGUACCGUAUUGCCAAGGAAAUUCAGCUCAUGAAACCAGACCAGUUUAGCAACAUAUUCCUUGGUCUAGGUGGGUUUCAUAUGGAGAAGAUUGUGUUGGCCUGUCUUGGUACAUAUCUGGAACCCUCUGGAAUGUUUGCUGUUCUAGUUGAGACCGAGUGCUAUGGUACUGAUGUCAUCAAGACUGUGAUCUCCGGUUCCCACUAUUCCAGGGCCCGCACUGCCCAUUCAAUGAUACACAAGGUCCUCACAUCUAUGAUGUUGGAAGCAUUCCUCUCCAAAUACCCUGAGAGACUAACGGAGCUAGAGGCACUGCAGGUCAACUGCCAGUCCAAAGACCUCACGGCCGAAGAAUGGAACACGACAAAGGAGCGUGCUGACACCAUCCAAGCAGCCUUUCAAGUCUACCUGAAGGAAAGGGCAUCGCUGUCCCAGUCCUUUGAUUACUGGAACACAUACGUUUCUGACCUGUACCCAAUAGUUAGGGAUCUGACCAAUUCUCUGCGCUCUGGAGAUUGGAUUCUCUACCUCAGUGCUAUGGAGAGGGCAACUUCACUGUUCUUCUUUUUUGGGAGAACAAACUACUGUCGGUGGACACCAUUAUUCCUGCAGGACUGCUAUCAACUGAAGGAUAAGUUCCCACUACUGUACGACUCCUACAUGCAUGGUGGAUUUGUCGUGAACACCACCAAGAAAGGUAGUGGAGUGCCGUUUGACCAGGCGCUAGAGCAGUGCUACAACCGGCCUGCCAAAGUGAGUGGGGGGAUAAUUGGUAUCACCAGGAAGAAGGAAGCAGUAGCUCUGUGGGGUAUCAUCAAGCAUAAGAAAGACCAGUACGUUGACCUCCUGAAGAUGAAGGAUGAUGUAGAAGGAGAACUCUCACUUCACCACGACUUCAAUCCGAGUACUGCAACUAAGAUAGUUGGGAUGGUGCAAGACAUAGCAGAGUAUCUCCUGAAGGUAUGCAGUCCUCUACAAGACCAGGUAGCGCUGAAGAAUAUUUUCACUGGAGGAAUUGUGACCAACGUAGACAUAGACAAGUUGUUGUGCUGUAUGAAGGAGGGCAGCGCUGCUUGUGCUAAAUGUAUCGAUGAGCGACUCAGAAAUAGGUCGAUAUCGAUAUACUCAACUAUUAGCAAAAUCAAGUUUACGUCCCCUAAGACCACCUUGAAUUUGGCUCCCAAAGUAGACAUCAAAGAUGAGACAAUCAAAGCUCUCAUGUUUAUUGAGUAUGGGUGUCACCGGGGUUUCACUGUUGAGGAGCUACUCCAGCAUGAGAUCACCAACUCUGCGUUCUUCUUGGUUGACAAAGAUGGUUACUUGAGGAAGAGUGCCAAAUCACAACUUGGGACUGAGCUGCUGAAGUUGUGCCCACUAAUAGAUAAAAAAAGGUCCAGAAACAUCCCCACAAACCCACGCCAUCAUUAUCGACUUCAUGGCCUUGGUGAGAAAGGUCCCCUUAAAGAAGCUUGAUCCGCCCGUCAAAACAUUCCAUGACUUUGCUAUUGCAUUGACAUCUAUGGUCACCAAAGCUGGGCACAACUGUGAUGAGAUCCACAUCGUUUUCGACACUUACAGAGAGGAUAGCAUCAAGAAUGGAGAGAGGGAGAGAAGAUGGAAGUCAAAGGAAAUGGUUGUCCUUGAUGUGAUAUCACCGAACCAAAAUGUCCCAGUGGUGUUAUAGAACUUCUGGUCGUCUUCCAUCAGCAAAACCGCUUUCCAGGCAUUCUAUGUUGAGUGGCUCACCACCAAUUACCAAGGUACCAAACAUUCUAUACCUUGGUAUAUCACCACAGGCAUGGACGGUGUCAGCUGGGUGUGCUUCUCCAUUCCCUCGGCUCAACUGCACACACGAGGAAGCUGACGACAGGAUGAUGUUCCAUGUGCAGGACAUUCUAUGCCACCGGUCAGGACCUACAUCCAUUACGCUGUCAUCAGGUGACACAGAUGUAUUUGUGUGCCUGUUAUACCACAUCACAGUCAAUUGGAGAGAUCUUGGUCUCAAAGAGCUCUGGCUCGUCCGCAACUCAGGAGUGAGAAGAUCAAUAUUACCACUCCACGAUAUCUGCUUAGCGCUGGGAGACGAGCUCACAAAGUGUCUCCCAGCACUCCAUGCGCUGACUGGGUGCGAUACAACCAGCAAGAUAUCAACUAAACUUGCAGCCCUGAAUGCUGUCAGAAUAUUCCUCUCUGAUCCUGAAUUUCGACAGUCCACAGCUAACAGAAAAUGCAAUACAGCUGGCAGAGACAUUCUUGGUCAAGUGUCUCAAACCAUCAACAGACCUGAAGACAUUUGACGACCUGCGACUCGCUGCAUUUGAUAGCAAUGCCCUCAAGAUGGACUUCGAGAGAACCACUUGCACAUCAACUAAUGCAAGAAAACAUAUCCAUAGAGGGUAUCACCAACAGCAGCUGUGGGUCCAAGCCCCAUUUAGAGACGCCACCUCGAUUAUGAAUGCCGAGAAUUAUGGUUUUGUAGUUCAUUAGUCCCUGAGUUUGUGAUCUCAAAACCCGAAGGCCUGCCAGAUCCCUGCACAUGUGGCAAGUGUGCUCACAAGAAUGGGUGUCCCUGCAGGGUAGCUGGGAUCAAGUGUUGCAAGUACUGCAAAUGCAAGGGAGGUGAUUGUUGUAAAAACCCUAUCACUGAAUGAGCACUGCUCAUCAUCCUCAUACGGGGACCUGGACUCUGUUGUCUUACUCUUCAUGUUCCUCACCCUGGUUUACGUGACACAUAAACAGUACUAAUGUGGUGUUAAAUAAGUAUUGUUGGCUGUUGGGUAAUUUAUUUAAGCUCUCUACAUGACACAAAUGUUCUAACUUUGCUCUAAGUCCAGAAAGUUUAAAUUAAUAAAUAUAAUGGCCAUUCCAGUGUGUAUAGGUAGUUGUAUGUAAGUUGACCUAUUAACGGUUUUUAGCCAUUUCUAGUAAAAUAUGAACAUUUUGAGGACCUCAAAAGCAGUCUUGUUAGUUUAUAAUUAAAUGGUUAUAUUAAUUAGUAGAAGACCUAAGUUAAGAUAGGCAUGUAUGCACAUAAUUCAUGAGAGGAUAACUCAAUUUCCUGUACUUGGGUAGUUGUAUGGUAAUAAGUGGACCGAAUGUUCUCGUAAAAUAUCAAAUUAGAAAUUUCUAAUACCCCCCUCCCCCUAGAUAUGGCCAUUCUGAACAUUUUGAGCACCUCAGAAAAUCUGUAGCUCAAACUGUUUAGAAGAUACAGCUAUAUCGGAAGUAGCACUUCAGAUGAAAAGGGGCGUGGUCAUUUAAAAAAGGGCGUGGUAAUUUGGGGGCUUUUUGUCCCGGAUAGAGAUUUUGGCACACAUCCCAAGUUGUUCAGUGGGGUCAUAUUAGUCUACAACAGUUGAGAUAUUCUCUCCUAAAUUAAGUGCAUACAUAUCUAACCCAGGUCCUCUACUAGUGUGGACGUACCGUAAAUAUGAUAACUAAUGUCACUCACAACCUGUAAUGUUUAAUUAUACUGCUACACGCAAUACUCUUAUUUUGGUAACCCCUUAUCCGGAAACCGGAAGUAGCGAGCUAAGAGGCUCCGGCUUGACGAGGUUAUUGAAGGAUGACUGUAGCCUACACUAGAGCUGACCGGAGAAUAAAGACACGGCAACUAAAGCUUCACUUGUAACGUGUUUAUAUGGAUUUAUUCAACAGACUGCAAGUCACAACACAACCUGGCCGAGAGGGCUUUAACUGAAGACAAAUUGAGAGCAUCAUUGCGAAAGGGAUGCAGCAAAAAUAAUCGUUUUGUUUCGAUUACGCUGUUUUCAUAAUCGUUGCAAGCCAAAAUCGUAAUCGAAAUUAAAAUACGAUUAAUUGCACAGCCCUAAUUAUAACUGAACCCCACAGUAAUACAAAUUAGGAUGCACAUGAUAAGAAUCAUAAUGAGGUUAAAGGUAAACACUUCUUUAUUUGAAGACAAUAUUGAAUACAUCUGGUGCACUUUAUCAUAAAGAGAUGAUACUAUAAAACAGUUAUCAGCUUGUUUAGCAAGGAAUAAAUGCAAGCAGAUGUUUAAAUACCAGAACGCAUUUACAGUUGUAAUCAUGUUUACAUCUGCAGGGCAACAUAAAAUAAGUUUGCAACAUUUAACCUAAGACCUGUAUUUUAUUCUCUAUAUCAGCACAACAAAUAUGAAGGAUUUGUAGGCUUGCCAAGCAGGACCCAACAUUUUGGAUUUCACCUCUUUAUGCUGAUUUUCCUUCACUUCAAGGAAUUAUUUUAGAUGAUAGGCCACUUUGAUAACGUUUUAAGCAGAGAAAACUCCUAUUGUGAAGCUGGUGAAAUCAUCAAAGUUUAUCAGUGUAAGUGCUUCUUUCUGCUGUGCGUUGACCCUGAGUUACAGGCCCUGCAAAGAUCUGACACAACUUUUGUUUAGGCUUCUGCUGUUCCUUUCAGCUAACACAGAGAGAUGCCCUGAUGUGUGUUCUGUCAGACUGUCUGCUGUUUACCUUCUGUGCGGCGUUCGCAUGUGAAAGACCAAACAGCAAUCUACAAAAGCACACUGUGGCAAACUGUCAAGGUUGAAACUUGUACUGCUAUCUUCCGCUCUGUAUCAAAAAGCUUCGCCUUGCUCUCUGAUGUGCCGGCACCUGGGUGCUGCUGGGUGCGAUGCCCCCAGCUUUUCUUUGCAUUCAUCUCCCGUCAGUCCAGCUGACAUCAGUUACGAGUCUGCAUAAAUGAAUGCUCUCCAGUCGGCAUGAAAUGGUUUUGUCACUCAAGAAGAACACUCAGCACUCCAAACAUAGGACUACAAAACACAUGCCGAGUGUCGGUGUUUUGAAGACAGGCAUAGAUGGGGACAAGAAAGUCCAAAAGUCUUUUUUUCUUCUUGCCCUUUUCUUAUACUCUCACUUAUAGCAUACAGGCUCAUACAUGCGUUUAUACAUUUCCACUCUAAAGAAAACCAAGCCAAAUUGUUGAUGACCCCCUGAUGACAUCACCAGGGUUAAUUUAUCUCACUUUUGAAAAUUCUCCUUCAGAGCGUCAAAGAACUGCCUUCCCAUGCUGAGCAGUAUUCCCCAUGAAGAAUAUACAUAUUUGUAUUUGUACUUUUGUUAGUGACCUUUUAAAAAAUGCAUAUUCAUCAAGAAUGAUAUUAAAUUACUAUUUGCCAUAUUCAACUGCAGCCAUGCAAUAUUAACGCUGUAUGUUUCAAUCCAAACAAACAUUACAGGGGCUACAUAAGCAGAAAUAUGUGUUAUGUGUAUUUUAUGCAUUCAUCAAUGUCUUCAAAUUAUAAAUGUCUAUGAGCUUGAUUAAAAACCUACAUCUAUACUGUAA